AAGGAGGAGGGGAAUAAAAAGUAAAGAGAGGGGGAGAGAGAGAGUGAAAGAAAACGAAGCCCAGCUUCUGCCGGUGCUGCUCGGAUUGGAUCUGGUUUGAGUUUCCUCUCUGCUGGCUUGUGCGGCGAGAGAGGAGGAGAGGGGGAAGGCGCUCGCUCGCUCUGCCUCUGAAGCUGGAGCAAACGUGCUGGGGGCUGCGCUGGCGGGAGCUGCCCGGGCGCAGUUGCCUCACAGCUUGUUGCUCGCUGGCACUACAGAAUUGCCUGGACUUCUCAAGGACCCGGAGGAAAAAGCCACCACUGCACAGACCCGAUAGUUGCUCAGUGCCUAUAGACUUGACACCUAUUUUUAUUUUUAUUUUUUUUUUUUUUUUCUUCCAGGGGAGUUCUUUUUUUAUUGCUUUUCUCCCGUCUCUCUCAGAACAGCACUUCCCUGAGUGUGGGGCUUUGAAACCCAUUGCCUUAUUAGCAGCUGGGAGAGAGAUUUUUUCGAACCUUUUUACACCUCUCUUUCCUUUUACUUUGCCUUAAAAAAAAAAACAAAAAACAAAAAGAAAGAAAGAAAAAGAAAGAUAAUCCUUUUGGGGGGAGGGGAGAUGAUCAUGCUGAUGUGGAAUAAGUGCUCCUGCUGUCUCCUCUUACUAGCCGCGGUCCUGAUCGUGGAGAGCUCCCAGCUAGACAGCUCCAGCGCCAAGGUGAACUCCAUCAAGUCCACCCUGAUGGGGGAGGCUCCAACUCAGGCAACCAACAGAUCCGCAGGCAUCCACCAGGGACUGACGCUUGCUAGCAGUAAGAAGGGCAAAAUGCUAGAGCAGAUGAGAAAACCUCCCAAGCACUAUCACCGGCAAGGAGAGGCCUAUCCUUGCACCAACGAUAAGGAAUGUGAAGUCGGGCGGUACUGUCACAGUCCUCAUCAAGCAACAUCUGCAUGCAUGAUAUGCCGGAGGAAGAAGAAGCGUUGCCACAGAGAUGGAAUGUGCUGCCCUGGGAAUCGCUGCAACAAUGGUAUUUGCGUACCUGUAACUGAAAGCAUCCUUACGCCUCACAUCCCUGCUCUAGACGGGCCCCGCAACAAGAAGAACGGUCAUUAUGCUAGCAAGGAUUUGGGAUGGCAAAACUUAGGGAGGCCGCAGUCCAAGCUGUCACACAUAAAAGGACACGAAGGCGAUCCCUGCCUGCGGUCAUCAGACUGUAUUGAAGGACACUGCUGUGCUCGCCAUUUCUGGACCAAAAUUUGCAAGCCUGUGUUGCAUCAGGGGGAGGUGUGCACCAAACAGCGCAAGAAAGGCUCCCAUGGACUGGAGAUUUUCCAACGAUGUGACUGUGCCAAGGGGCUGUCUUGCAAAGUAUGGAAAGACGCGACCUCCUCUUCUAAAUCACGGCUUCACGUAUGUCAGAAAAUCUGAGUGAGGACUGGGAAGGUAGCAUCAAGUGACUGUGGUUUUAUGUAUUUAAUGCGUUACAGCAUGGUGGGAAACAAGGACUGCACCUGAAAGAGGAGUGGCUUAAGCAACAGUUAGGGUAGGAGUAGAAAGAAGUCACAAAUGCAUUUCUUUUUGAGCUGGUGGCAAACACAAGAGCAGCUGGAGAUUUCCCACUGUGCAGUUCUUCUGUAAAUAACUCCUACAGGUUGUGGGAAAUGCUAGUAUGCAAACAAGCACGGUGGAAAUUAAUGCCACUUACCUUGCUGUGCUGUCCCAUGAUGUUCCGGGGUUCAGUGUAUGGGCUACAGGGGUUUUCCAGCAUCACAGUGCCUGCUAAAUAGAUUGUAUACAUUGUACAUAUAGGAAGCAGCGCAUUCCAGGAAGGCUUGUCUGUCAACACAUUAUUGGUCACUAAAAUACACAUUGCAGGUGUGAGAGAGGGAAAUGCAGAUACUGUGAAUGUCCAUACACUCUUGUCAUUCAGGGCUGACACUUCAGCAAAGCGCUCCUGCAGGACAAGAGUGCUACACGAGUGCUACAUUUUGCAGGCCCUCGCAAAGGAGGUGAAAACUUGCCAUCUUGCGAUUCCAAGACAGCAGCAAUUUCUCUAGUCAGAGGCCUUUAAACAGGGUUUUAUUUCGUAUAUUUAGGUAAACUGAAAUGCUUUAUGUAGUUCAAUGUCAUAGUAUGGUACUUAAUCGCUUGUAUUUGUCUCGGUUUACUGCUAGUAUACAUUGGACUGAACAGAUGAAGCAAAUACACGCAUGCUGAAUCCAGAAUUAUAUACAGGCAGUUGCUCGUUAGUCCUAAAUAUACUUUCUUUGCCUAAACAUACAUGCAUUAUAGACAUUUCCAAAACAGACAGCAGAGUGUUGAAGUACAUAACAUGAAGAGCUAUGAAAUUGUGCCACUGUUGCUGUCGUAACACACAAUGUAGGCACUCGUUGGGCAAUUUAGCCCAUAGUGCUAUAAACUCAGAGUUUUACAUUUUAAUUGUAGCAAUGGGCUGCUGUUUGUUUGCUACCAGUGCUCAGUCUGGUUGCACUCUGCAGAAGCGUAAAUGGAUUUGUUUCUUAGAGGUAGCAAAGAAAAAUGAGUUGGCUCUUGUGAGCACCUCCUCCCCGGCAGAAAAGGCUGCAAGAAGAUGGUAUGACCACACUGACCUGUUAAGCAUCAUGGGAUGUUGCAGCACACCAGGCUCGUGUGUAUCCAACCUGAACUUGAUCUUUUCUCAGUCUGGACUGUUCUGCCAGGAGUGAUGGAAGUACGUGGACUGUGAAAACAGCUAACAACUCUACAUUGUUUGUGUACUGGUUAAAAAAGGACAGCCUACAUCGUUUGACUUCUAUCACAGGUCUUUUCAAACUUUUUUUUUUUUCUGAUUUUACUUAUUUGCAAGUAUUCUUUUGUAUAGACAUUGGUAAAGAGACUGAUAAUUUUUUUAAAAAGUCCAAUUCUAUACCUGACCUAAUGCUAAACCAUAAUUAGCUGUUUAAAAUUACCCACUGUCAUGUUUUAUAACACAAGAGAUUCUUCUGUUUAAUCAGUUCUGAAAGCAAGGACACCAGUAAUAUAGUUUUAAGACCAUGUCACCCAUACUUUAGACACCUUUUUCCACUGACAUGUCUCUAUCAGUGGUUGUUUUAAAGCUAUAGCUUUUAUACACCCCUACUCAGAUUUCCUAAUUAGAACACAGACCUCAGCUACGUUACCUUUAUCUUUCAUAAGAGUAUAAAUAAGAGUAGUUCACAAGCCUCUUUCCCUACUGGAGUUGGUUUUUAUUGGUCUAGAGGGACUGCUCUGAGAUAGUUUCUUCUGUUUUUAAUAGUCUCGGUCAGACUUUAAUCUCACAGUUCUACCAGUUUAACUCUGGUUAUUUCAGAGGAGUUUUUCUCGCAUAAUUGAAGCAGGAAUAAGGCUUACAAAUAGCAUCAUUUCAAAUAUUCAAAAAAUACAGGAACCAAUUCUGCAAGUGUUGUUUACACUGACAGAGGAGCUCUACUGCCUUCAUUGUGAUGACAUGUAAAAGAAAAUGUAACCCAGCUUGAGCGGGGGGAGGCGGGAGGGGGGAUUGCAGAAAUGGGCUCUCAGCAAUUUUUAUCUUUUCCUAUCAUUGGCCUAGCCCCCUCCCUUUUCCUCUUACAAACCGUAGUUAUUUGGGAUAAUUUAUUUACAGGAAAUGUUUAAUGAGAUGUAUUUUCUUAUAGAGAUAUUUCUUACAAAAAGCUUUGUAGCAGAAUAUAUUUGCAGCCUGUUGACUUUAAUGUAGAAAAAUGUAUAAUAAGAUUAAAUAUAUUAAAUGUCCUUUCCUGUUCCUCCCCAAA